CUCGAUUGCAGUUGAAGCUGGAAUUCGGGAAGUGAAGUGUGCCAGCCUUUUGCAUCCAAAAUUGAACACACAGGACGCUCAAAACCCAUUUCUGUCAGCUCGGUCUGAAAGAGGAAGGAUAUAUGACUCUCUGAACUGUGCCUUCCCGAACGGUCGCGACUGCCACCCCAUGCACGAUAUCUGUUUCGCCUCGCACGGUACAACCUCACAUAUACGUGCCAUUGAUCAUUCUCUCGAUUACUCCUCAGUACGGAUACUUUUGGUAUAUCUUGAAAAGGAACAGUUAUAGUUCAGAGGCUCGAGCACAUCACCAAUCCUUCCGAGUCCUCGGUCGAUCGAGGUGACCUGCCGCCUAACAUUAAGAUCGAAGUUAUUCUCCAAAUCUCGAUCCGAAUCCAACCUACGAGCAUUUUGUCCUACAAAAUGCGCGUACUCAACACUGUAGGCCUGGGUAUGGCCAUAGUCCCAGUCGUUUUCGCUUUCAAUCAGACCAGCCCAAGCAUCCAGGUCCAUAACAAUGACAGCGCGCUGUACAAGCCUCUCUACACUCUGCAUUCGAGUUCAACUCCUGAAUUCCACAACGUUUCGGGUGUCACAGUCAAUCCGUUGAUCAAGGCUUUGCUAGGGCCCAGUAACAGCACUGGAAGCCUGCAGCGUCGGGAUCUGCCCACAGGAACAUGUGCGCCUGGAACUCCAUGCGUCAAUGGUGCUUGCUGCAGCAAUGCAAGGAUCUGCGGAUACUCCCCCAAAGAGUGUGGCAAAAAGACAUGUAUCUCAAACUGUGAUGCCAAGGCAGAAUGCGGCCAGUACGGUGUACCAGGAAAUAACACUUGUCCGAUCAACGUCUGCUGCAGCAAAUUUGGUUUCUGUGGGACUACAGAUGAGUUCUGCCUUGAUGGUUGCCAAAAGCAUUAUGGUGGAUGUGGCUCCGCUCAAGAGCCUUCGUGUGGCGGUGUCACUUCUGGGCGAACCAUCGGGUAUUAUGAAGGAUGGUCCUCGAAGCGUAGUUGUGAUUCUCGACUUCCUUCAGACCUUGACUUGACUGGUCUCACCCACAUAAACUUUGCUUUUGCAUACUUCGACCCAACCACGUUUCAGGUUACACCUAUGGAUCCAGAUGACAUGAAGCUUUACCCUCAGUUCACAGAACUGAAGAAACAGAAGUCGUCUCUCCGGACAUGGAUUUCCAUUGGAGGUUGGUCAUUCAAUGACCCCACCAACACGCCAAACACGCAGAAAGCUUUCAGUGAUAUGGCGUCCACGGCUGCAAACAGGAAGACUUUCAUCGAUUCUGUUCUGCAAUUCAUGACGACCUGGGGCUUUGAUGGUGUUGAUCUCGACUGGGAGUACCCUGGCGCUCCGGAUCGAGGAGGCAUCAACGCAGAUACCGCUAACUUCGUUGCUCUCUUGAGGGAUAUGCGGGCAGCUUUUGGCAACUUGUAUGGUAUAAGUUGCACCGUUCCCGCUUCUUUCUGGUAUCUCCGCUGGUUCGAUAUCAAAGGCAUGGAACAGUAUCUCGACUUUUUCAACGUCAUGACAUACGAUAUUCAUGGUGUCUGGGACUCCACCAACAAGUUUACUGGGCCAUAUGUCCGACCACAUACCAACCUCACCGAAAUCCGUCAAGGUCUUGAUCUGUUGUGGAGAAACAACGUUAAUCCCGCCAACGUGAACAUGGGCUUGGGUUGGUAUGGACGAUCAUUCACUCUCUCUGACCCUAGCUGCAAUAGGCCUGGUUGCGUCUUCAGUUCAGGAGGCAAUCCUGGGGAAUGUACAAAGUCAGCUGGAACUCUUUCCAAUGCCGAGAUUCUCCGUAUCAUCCAUACAAAGGGCCUGACACCAGAAAUGGACUCAGUGGCAGGAGUAAAAUGGGUUUCUUGGGGGAACCAAUGGGUCAGUUACGAUGACGGUGAAACGAUAGCUUUGAAGAUAGACGCUGCCAACAGGUGGUGUCUAGGUGGAAAGCUAAUAUGGGCAAUCGACCAGGACGAUACAGCUCACUCCAGCAACCGCGAUCUACUUGGCAUAGGACCUAGCAACGGUAUCUCUGCGGAAGUUGCAGCGGCAAUGAAAGCAGCUCAGCAACAGGCAGAGAUACAAGCAACUGUUCGAAACUCGUGCUAUUGGUCUUUCUGCGGAGGCUCAUGCGCGCAGGGCUACUUUCCCGAGACCACAGCAAAGGGACAAGUUCUGGGCAUUUCUCGCCAUACCGUCUGCACUGGGGAUGAGUAUCAGACAUUAUGUUGUGCUCCCGGAACGAAUACAGGAACGUGCUCGUGGGAGGGAUGGCGAGGAGUUGGCCUCUCUUGCAUGCAAGGGGGUUGCUCUGACUCUUCUUCGUCGCUUGUUGCUAUGAACACUAACCAGUUCGUCCUCAACUCCGAUCUCAACAUCAAUUUGACUUGCUCUGGAGGUAGCCAAUAUUAUUGUUGUACUGGCUUUGUUCCGUCUCCCAAGUUCACAACUUCGGAUUUGGUUCUCGUCGGACAAAACGGGGUAAGUAAAAGGGCAUGGGGAUCUGGAAAGAAUCCAGCAUGCAUAGCUGCAGUAACAGCUACCAUCGGUCUUACAAGUGGUCUUUUGGCCUUCUUCACAGCAGGGAUCUCCCUCGCAGCCGCAGCAGUUGUAAUUGCUGUGGGGAUCGCAUCUUGUCCAACUACAGGAUCGGGAUCCGCAGCAGGAGCUGCCAUCGGCGUCAUUCCAAUCCUUCCAAUUCCAGUUGGCGUUCUUCCGAAGGGCGGAAAACCUAGCAAACCCAAACAACCUACCGCUGGCAAACCAGGCAAAGGUAUCAAAUAUGGACAGUGGGCACCAAAGGCUGCUUACGGGAAGAAAGACAAAGACUGUGCAGUGACGUAUACUUGUAGAUAUGGCCUUGGUUGGGAUGAAAUCUGUGACAAUCAGCGGUGGGCCAUUGAUAAGGUCAUUAUAAGUACAACGUUCCACAUAGACCGUCGUGGAGGGCGUAGUUCAAAGGAUGAAUGGCCAAGUUGGCGACGCGAAGAAUUUCGCACCUUGGCUCAGGUCGCCGUGAACAGGGUACACAGAUGCCAAGUGGACGAGUUCCCAAUGGGAGUAUUGCUUGAAGCGAAAGCGCCCAAUCCGCAAGUAGUGCGCCUUGUCAAUGGACCCGCGAACGGAGCACAAGGAGUUGACUUCAAGCAAUGGAAGGCUGCCACUUGGGUUCCUUGCUCAGCAUUGAGGAAAGCACAUAAGAAGCCACCACCACCCGUAACGUGGGAGUUUGGCCCCUUCGCUGCGAAUGAUAAUCGUGGGAUUCCAGGUACUGGAAAGCAUUUCAUCCAGGAAUACGGAGUAACGACAUUCUCAGCCUAUACUUUCAACACCCACUCGUAUAAGGUAUUCCAUGAAUUAUCUACAGUCUAUGAUCACGGAUUCCGUGCAUUGCUCGACGAUCCAAUGUUCGACGCUCCUUAUGAUUGGCCUAGGCAAAGAUACGACGUAGAUCCCUAUUACACCGACUCCCCACCCGAAGACGUCGCCUCAGCAGCAUAUCUCAAGCGAAGUAAUGCACAAUCCGCACUCGAGAGCAAGAUUCCCGUGGAGUUUGCAAAUGCCGAUUUCAGUGUCAUAGACAGGCUUGAUGCAUAUCUCACAGGUAGAGAGCUGGAGCAACUGAUGGAUUUGGAGUCCUAUUAUGAUACCCCUCCACCACCAGAGCCGACGCAGUCUGAAAAGAGUUUGAAUGAAGCGGAUGUAACGCCGAGUCUCACCGGCGCGGAUAUGGCAACGCAAGCGGCAGCUGUGCCUUUGGAUUUGCCGGUUGAGACUGGUAGGGUUGCGGCUCAUGUUCAUGCUCAUGGCAGCAGGCGUUCAUGGUAA